UCCUGAUGGUAUCUAUGAUGGUGAAAAAACGGAGGGUUGUAUACAGGAUGUUAAGUAAACAGCCAAUGGGAUAUUCAGAGCCUGUGGCAUCAAUUUCCUCAUCCACCGAUUGCUUUAAAACGACCUCGGAAUAGGCAAUGAGAGGACUUCAGUAACCGGGGAUCAACGCAGUGUCAAGUGUUGCCUUUAUUUUUUCAUCUUUACCACCUGCGCCCGGAUCUCCUGCAGCUUUGAUACCUUCCUCUGUGGUGAGAAGCGGAGAGCACACGAACCACUUCAGCAAAAUGACAGAAACGGAAACCAGGAAUAAUCACGCUGGCAAGCAACAGAACGGAGGUGCCAUGGCAGAGGCAUCGACGGUGGAGGAUGUUUUUGACGACACCUAUAAAGAGAAAGAGGGUCCCAAACCGCCAAGGAUGCUGGUGUGGAGAAAUAUCAUAAUGAUGACUCUCCUACAUGUCGGUGGGCUUUACGGACUGAUUCUCCUUCCCUCCGCAUCGGUCCCAACUCUUGCAUGGACUGCCGUGUGCUACCUCAUCAGUGCUCUCGGUGUGACUGCUGGUGCACACAGAUUAUGGAGCCACAGAUCCUAUAAGGCUUCUUAUCCCCUGCGAGUCUUCCUCGCUCUCGCCAACUCCAUGGCCUUUCAGAAUGACAUAUAUGAGUGGGCGAGGGACCACCGUGUCCACCACAAGUAUUCCGAGACGGAUGCAGACCCCCACAAUGCCACGCGGGGGUUCUUCUUCGCCCACAUUGGUUGGCUGCUGGUUCGCAAACAUCCCGACGUCAUUGAAAAGGGCAGAAAACUGGAACUGUCAGACCUGAGGGCAGAUAAAGUGGUUAUGUUCCAGAGACGUCACUACAAGCUCUCUGUGGUGAUCUUUUGCUUCCUCGUGCCCAUGUUGGUGCCCUGGUACUUCUGGGGUGAGUCCUUGACUGUGGGAUACUUCGUCCCAGGACUCCUGAGAUACGCCGUGAUGCUCAAUGCCACCUGGCUGGUCAACAGCGCUGCACACAUAUGGGGCAACAGGCCUUAUGACAAGACCAUUAACCCGAGGGAAAACCCACUGGUUGCUUUCACUGCCAUAGGGGAAGGCUUCCACAACUACCAUCACACAUUCCCCUAUGACUACGCCACGAGUGAGUUUGGCUGCAAGCUCAAUCUCACCACUGCCUUUAUAGACUUCAUGUGCUUCCUGGGUUUGGCCAAGGACCUCAAGAGGGUAUCAAAGGAAAUGAUUGUUGCUCGCAUGCAGCGAACGGGUGACAACAGCAACAAAAGUGGCUGAGUCACACUAGGUACAAACGCUACAAUUGAUACCGACGCGUCGAACCAAGACAGAACGUAGCAACAGGGAUAGCAGAAUUUCAGUGAUGGGGGGGUGAUUACCAUGCUUCUGAUUAUAAGUUAAACCUCUUCCUGAGACUAAUAUUUGCUUUUAAAGAGUUGUAGGCCUUUCCAUAAAUUGUGUGGGUCUCUUAAGUUUUGAAGUGUCCUCACCCACUAUUAGCCACAGACAGCGACUUGGCUACAUGUUCAAGCACAGCUUUUUCAUCAUAAUAUAAAACAGGCACGAAGAGAAUGAAAACGGCUAAUUGGGAUUUAAAUCUCUUUUGGCAGCAGUAGGACAACCAAACAAGUCUGUGUGAGCAGUGUGUAAAAGCAGUAAUUACAGAAUAAUUUACUGUAUCUCUUAUUUGUUAAUGUGCUAUUUAUUGAUAGUCUUCAGCACUUUGGAAGCUUUAUUGAAACCCUUAACAGUGAGGUUUCUCUACAGGCAAGCUUGAGGGCCUUUUGCUCUAACUUCUGUCAGUAGUGCUGUGUUUCAUUCCACAGGGAGUGGAGUUUCAUCUUGAUAUUUGUUUGUCUAUGUUAAGCUAAGGUUUUUUUAUUUUUGGUAAGCUAGUAGUCUUACUAAACCAUAAGCUGUCGUGUUCAUGGCCAACACCAAGACAGUCAACACUACUGAACUGCCCUAUUUAUCAUACCAGAGUAACCCUGGCUGAAUACAGUUCAGAUGUGUUAUACUUUGGAAUACUUUCACACCUACUGUCUCCAACUGUCCAAGGGGCUCUUAAUGAGGAUUAAGUUCUCUGGUGUAACUCAGUGUAUACUGCUGGUUAAGUAGUGAAGCCUCCAGACUUCAUUAUUAACCCUUUUAAUGUAGAUGCCUCUGGACUGAAAUAUAGAACCAGAAUUCUCACUCCUAAUCUGAAAAGAGAGAAUAAUUAGCAUUUAUUUUGUAAUAAUUUGAAAUAUAUAUGUGUAUAUAUAUAUAUAUAUAUAUAUAUAUAUAUAUCUCUCACUCAGAUUUAAGGUCUCCCUCUCCCUCAGAUAAGGCCAUGUGUAGGAGGUGCAUUUACCUUUCGUGCUGUGUGAUAUUACUGAAAUGUGUCAGGACUCUUGCCCAAAUGCCUUAUGAGGGUUGCACACCUGUUUAAAAAAAUUAUAAGUGCAAGUUAUGGAACUUAAUUAGGGCUUAAAUUUUCUGUCUAAUCACAGUUGUUGUGGUGUCUGUCUGUUUUUAAGGAACACUUCAAAAAUUGAAAUAUCUUAUUUAUAAUGAAAAAGAGGGACCAUUCAACAAAUCCUUACAUUUAUGGGUUACUAUGAUUUCACUUUUGUGUAACCAAACAAAUACUUUGCGCUGAAACAAGAUCCAAACUUAUAUCAUUAAUGAUACCGUCGUAGUAUUUGUCACACCCCUCUUUUACAGAGCAACAAUUUUUUACAGUGUUAACUUCUUGAAGUUUGAAUGCCUUAAAAAAUGGCACAUUUUUUCAAAGAAUGUUUUUGCCCACUGUAUGUACCGUAAAUAAACCAAAUUUUCUACUUGUGACAAAUUAUGUUUUGCUGUUUUGUUGGAAUUCUGUAAUACUCCUUAUUCAUAUACUGAAUAAAAAAAUAUGACCAUA